CCCUGGAGCCGCAGCCGAGGCCCGGGCUUGGGCUGGCCAGAUCCCGGGUCCGCGCUGUGCUUUUCGAUGGCUCCGUGCGAGUGAGCGGGUCGCGGCGUCGCGGCGGCCGCGCGUCCUGUCUGCCCGUUCCGGCCGCGUUGCCGCCGGCGGAGAGAGCCGACAAUGGGCACUCCGGCCUCUGUGGUGAGCGAGCCACCCCCUGGGCAGGCGCCCACAGGAACUCGGGGACGAAAGCAAGCCUCGGCCAACAUCUUCCAGGAUGCGGAACUACUGCAAAUCCGGGGCCUGUUUCAGCACAGUGGGGACAGGCAGGCUGAGGAACGGGCCCAGAUCAUCUGGGAGUGUGCCGGGGACCCCAAGGUGGCCGAAGCCUUGAGGCAGCUGCGCAGGAAGAGAAGGCGGCCGCUGGGCCACUCACCGCAGCACUGCAGCCGACAGAGAGUACCAGAGGACUCUCCACCCGCUGACCCCUCAAGCGCUACCACAGAGUUGACCACCAAUGGGCAGCACCUAAACCCAAGAACGAAUGCCAGGAACCGGCGGAGCUGGAGAAAGACAAGCCCCACGAGCUAUCUCCACCAGAUCAGACACUGACCUGUUGAGGGGGGCUGGGGUGACCCUCCCCAGGAAUCCAGAUGUUCCCUGAAGGGGUUCCUUUGAAGAGAGGGGAGGCAAAGAAAGAAGCGAGGCCCGAGACAGGCAGUCCCAUCAGGGCAGACAAAGGUUCCAGCUGAAGGGACAGUUACUGCCUACCUACUCAGUUAGGAAUAGGUGGGGGGCUGCUACUGAUCCCUUUAUCGGCUGGGAACUUGCUCUUCCCCAGAAUGAGUGAGAGCAUGAAUCGCUCUUGGCAUUAAACAAACCCCAUCCUUCCAAACUAACACUAGAGUAAGACUAAACUAUCCUCCUCAAGGUAGCUGAUGGACCCAGACUCAGGCCCAGGUUAUUCCUAAGUCUUUAACCAGUAGUCUAAUAGGCCCAUCCCAGGGAUGUCAAUAAUAAUUCAUAGCACUUUAAGGUUUACAAAGCACUUUACUCACAACAACCCUUUGAGGUAGGUAGUGCAAGCAUUAUUAUUCCCACUUUAUAGAUGAGGAAACAAAGUCAGCAAAGUUAAAAGACUUGCUCAUGUUCAUACAGCUAGUAAUUGUCAGUACUGGAAUUCAAACCCAGAUCUCAGUUCUGGCUUCGGCACUUUCCACUACACCAUGCUGCCUCUUUCUUUGCCUACCUGCCAAAAAGACAGAGGCAAAGAAUAAACUCUGGCUAGAGUUCCCUUGGGUGGAUAAGAAUAUUUAAUAAUAAAAAUUUCUCAAUGAA